AAGAAAGACUCCAACGACCCAGACAGAACGCGACCGGCGGCGACGAAUGUCGAGAACCUGCGGGCGGCGGCGCGGUCGGGGCAAGUAGGCGAUGCCGGCACGGUGGUGAUCUAUCUCCAGUCCAAGCCGAACAGUUGCCCAGGCGGCGGCAGCAGCGUCUCCAUCCAUAGGAGAUUCCGCGGUCGUGUCGUUUCCUCUCAAGAAUCAUGUGGAAAGUCCCUGCGGAUUAUCGAUUGCUGAAUGCUGCUGGGGCGAUGGCCUGUCCUGCCUUGAUCUAGAUGCCUGUAUGUAUCGGUGUACCCGAUGGACAAGCAAAUAAGUCCGGAACGAUCCAUCAAAACCAAGAACGAUGGUUUCAGUAUGGAGCUUCAACUUCUACCCUGUGAUGUUCUCAAUGAUAUACUGUCACGGUUAUCAAUCAAAGAAGUCUUCAGGAUGAGCACACUUUCUCGUCAAUGGAGACAGCUAGGGAUUUGCCACCCAUACCUGGUCUUCACCGAAGAAACCUUCUUUGGCACCAGCAAUACUAUUAACCCGUCUGCAUCAAUGGCUGCCGAUUCGUCACCAGAGUCGACAAUGUGUUGCGCCCACUGUGGUCUACCGCAGGAACUACCACUACACUGGAUAAGUUUGUCGUCAAAUGUAAACUCGGCUUUAGACUCGGCAGAAAGCAUAAGUAUCACAUUGAUAGAUGGAUUAACUUUUCCACCAUGUCAGGGGCCAAGCACAUUGCUCUUGAUUUCACGAUAGGAUGGAGUGCCUCUGAAGAUGACAAGUAUGUUGUCCCGCUGUGCAAUCUCAGUGGCCCAAACGGAUCUUGUGUCAAGUCACUUGAUCUGAGAUACGUAUGUUUGAAGUUGCAUCCUAAUUUCUGUGGUAUCAUGAACCUUAAGAAUCUCACACUAAGUAUGGUGUCCAUCAAUAGAGGUGAUCUGCAGUGUCUGUUGCUAAGUUGUGCUCUUCUCGAGAGCUUAAGCAUAGAGUUUUGCUCCUUGUCAAGUUUAUGCAUACGACAGGAGCUGAGCCGGUUGCAGUACCUGCGUGUGAACCAUUAUGACCUGGAAAUGAUAGAAUUACAGGCUCCUAAUCUUACCAGAUUUGAGUUUGACGACUCUGUGAGGCAAAUUACACUUUGUGUAUCUUUGAAGUUGUCAGAGGCAACCUUUGUGUCAAACUGGAGAGUGUUCGAAGCUUAUGAUUAUGAUUUGGACCACAUCUUCUACGAGAUUCCACCUGCUCUUCCUCAUUUGCAUAAACUAUUUCUACUUUUGAAUGUUGAUCAGGUGCUAAUGUUCAGUAACAUCCAGACUAGCUUCAAAAAUUUGAGGCACCUGAACAUAAAUCUUGAUAUCUUUUUCGACCCACGGGAUACUAGUUGGGUAUUGGGGUUGGUUAAUCUCUUGGAAUUAUCACCUCUCUUAGAAGAACUGGAACUGCAUAUUGAUUGUGGUAGAUUUUGCCACCCUGAUCCAAGUAUGCUGAUGGCCGCACAAGGACCUCUGCUUCAGCACCUCAGGAGAGUUUACAUCUCUGGAUUUUCUGAUGUACUCGGCCUAGCCAAGCUGGCGCUCUACAUCCUUGGGAAUGCUACUGUUCUUGAACGUUUGGUAGUAGAUCCAGUGGUAAGGAUGAAGUAUGAUCUACCUACCGAUCGUUUCUAUCCGUCCACCAAUUUCAGUAGCAAUAAGGAGUUUGUUCUUCCACCUAGUCCUACUACCAAGGAGAAUAUGUUCUGCUUCACCGAGAAGAGGAUGUUUACAAAAACGCACCUUGAGAGAGAGGAGUUUCGUCACAUCGUCACCAUCUUAUGAAUAACAAUGCUGAGUCUUGAGAUUUCAUCUAAAUAAGUGGAAGUUUGGGUUAUUCAUGAAGCUUUUGAGUGUUCUCUUUAUUUCAGUUGCAAUCUGGACUAUGCUGUCAUUUUGUGGUGUCUUGUUCUUUUGGGCUUUGGUGGUAUGACUAUGAAGAGAAGAAUGUUGUAAUCAUGAAGUGAUAUGUGGUACUCUUUUUUUUUGAGAAAUCGACUCUUUAUUUAACGAAACUGGGUUUUUGUUA